AGGCCAUGUCUUUGGCCCACCCAGAUCGGGGCCCGGGGUCUCCGAAUCCACUAUGCAUGGCAGGCCAUGGCCCUCCAGGCCGCUGUGGUUCGAGGAUGGCUACUACGAGCCCGGGAAAGGGGAAUAUCUUCCAUCUUCAGAACAGGAUGUGCAUGCUUUGGCGCUGGCCCAACAGCAGCUUCGCCUGCAGAGCGCGGAACUCCAGCGUCUCCGCAUGGAAGUCCGACAGCUCCGUCAGGCAUGUGACGAGGGGAGUGCCAUGAAUCAGUAUUUGAUGGCGCAGCUCGAGACCGUGAAAGCGCAAUUGCGCAGUGCACAGCAGGCCGCGGCUGGUGCCACUCAGAUUUUCGCUGCGGGCGCGGGUGACUUCCACAUCCCGUCCCCGCGCGCGGUGCCGACGCCCUUCCACUCGGACGAAGGCGGAAGCACUUCGAGAUUCCUACCCAGGGAAAUCCAGGUAGAGGAUUUGCCCGAGGACGUUCCAACGAUCGGCUCCUUAGGGCACCCCGAGAAUUGCAAACCUUGCUUCUACAUGUUCAACAAGAAGGGCUGCCAUUUUGGAAGGUCUUGCCAAUACUGCCACUUAGAGCAUGUGAAGCGGAAGAAGGAAAGGCCACCGAAAUUGGUACGGCAAGAAUGCCGCGAGAUAGCAAAUCAGGUGUUCAGAGAUCUUGGGGCUUCGUCAUCACAGACCUCAAAUCUGGAAGCCUUGAGGAGCCGCGCAGAGUUGGCGCGAGCCAGUCAAGUGACCGCCAACUAUGCGGCCUCCGUGCUGCGUGCCAUGGAACGGCGUACCAGCGGGGCGGCUUCAUCGGCAGAGGAGCCAAGUGCAAGUUUGCCUGGGCAAGGUGCCACGGAAGAACAUGAGACAGAUGUCCAUUCGUUGCAAUGAGCGAGCGCUGGGGUUCCAGUCCAAGGUGCAGGACAACCUUGGAUUUGUCUCACCUAUAUAUAGGAAUCUUUGGGAAGAAAUCUGCUCAAACUUGGA